CGGCGCUGGGGAAGGCCCUGCAGCUCGCGCGUUCCCCCGGCAGCCCGGCGGCAGCAGAGCGGACCCAGAAUACGGGCGGCGCGGGAGAACGUCUGCGGCUGAAGAGGAGAGCGGAGAGUGAAGGCGGGAGCCUCAGAGGCCGCCGCCACCAUGGAGAUCGUGUACGUGUAUGUGAAGAAGCGAAGCGAGUUCGGGAAGCAAUGCAACUUCUCCGACCGCCAGGCAGAGCUGAACAUCGACAUCCCGCCCAACCCCGAGCUGGCCGAGCAGUACGUGGAGCGGAACCCCGUGGACACAGGCGUUCAGUGCUCCACCAGCAUGUCGGAGCAUGAGGCCAACACAGAGCGAAUUGAGAUGGAGACCCGGGGUGUCAACCACAUCGAGGGCGGCUGGCCCAAGGAUGUGAACCCCCUGGAGCUGGAGCAGACGAUCCGCUUCCGGAAGAAGGUGGAGAAAGACGAGAACUACAUCAACGCCAUCACGCAGCUGGGCUUGAUCAUGGAGCACUGCAUCAAGCAGAACAAUGCCAUCGACAUCUACCAGGAGUAUUUUGAUGACGAGGAUGCCGUAGAAGUGACAGAAGAGGCCCCUUCAGCUAAAACCAUCAAUGUUUUCAGGGACCCCCAGGAGAUCAAGCGGUCAGCCACACACCUGUCCUGGCACCCCGAUGGCAGCAGGAAGUUGGCAGUGGCCUAUUCUUGCUUGAAUUUUCAACGGGCACCGGAGGGCAUGAGCCACGAGUCCUACAUCUGGGACCUGGAAAACCCCAACAAGCCCGAGAUUGUCCUGAAACCGCCAUCUCCUCUCAUCACCUUGGAGUACAACCCCAAAGAUUCCCACGUGCUCCUGGGAGGCUGCUACAACGGGCAGAUCGCCUGUUGGGACACCCGGAAGGGCAGCCUGGUGGCGGAACUGUCCACCAUUGAGUUUAGCCAUCGAGACCCCGUGUACGGCACCAUCUGGCUUCAGUCGAAGACGGGCACGGAGUGCUUCUCGGCGUCGACAGACGGGCAGGUCAUGUGGUGGGAUAUCCGGAAGCUGAGUGAGCCCACCGAGGUGGUGAUCAUGGACAUCACGAGAAAGGAGCAGCUGGAAAAUGCCUUGGGGGCCAUCUCCCUGGAGUUUGAGUCAACUCUGCCAACCAAGUUCAUGGUGGGCACCGAGCAGGGCAUCGUCAUCUCCUGCAACCGCAAGGCCAAGACACCGGCCGAGAAGAUCGUGUGCACCUUCUCUGGCCACCACGGCCCCAUCUACGCCCUCCAGAGAAAUCCGUUCUACCCGAAGAACUUCCUGACCGUCGGCGACUGGACCACCCGCAUCUGGUCAGAGGAGAGCCGCGAGUCGUCCAUCAUGUGGACCAAGUACCACAUGGCGUACCUCACCGAUGGCGCCUGGAGCCCCGUGAGGCCGGCGGUGUUCUUCACCACCAAGAUGGACGGGACCCUGGACAUCUGGGACCUGGUGUUCAAGCAGUGUGACCCUGCCCUCAGCCUGAAGGUGUGUGACGAGGCCCUCUUCUGCCUCCGGGUGCAGGACAAUGGGUGUUUCAUUGCUUGCGGCUCGCAGCUGGGCACCACCACGCUGCUGGAGGUCUCGCAUGGGCUGUGCACGCUCCAGAGGAAUGAGAAGAACAUAGCUUCUUCCAUAUUCGAGCGGGAGACCCGGCGGGAGAAGAUCCUGGAGGCCAGGCACCGAGAGAUGCGGCUGAAGGAGAAAGGCAAGUCGGAGGGCAAGGACGACGACCUGAGGGAGGAGGAGUCCGCCGUGGACCUGCAGGAGCUGGUCACCAAGGCCGAGGAGGAGUUCUUCGACGUCAUCUUCUCCGAGCUGAGGAAGAAGGAGGCGGAAGCCCUGAAGAAGUCCAAGCCUCAUCAGCCGAGUCUGGAGGGAGAGGAGGAGGCAGAGGAAGAGGAAGAGGCGGAGGGAAAGGAAGAGGCCGAAGAAGAAGGAGGUUCUGAAGAGACUCCAGCCUAG